CUUAAACCACUUUCAAGGAACUCUAUCACUCAAAAGAGAAGCAAAGGAGGUAACAAUGUCUAAACAUAUUCUUCCAUACCGGAUUGGCCUGGGACUGGUUAUUGGAGCGACUGCUGGGGCUGUGAUAUACAUUGUGUUCAGGCGAAACCGUAAGAAAACCAGGAAGUCGGCUUCAAAACAGAAUGGAUACUGUUUGCAAAAGUGUGGGGAAUCCAAGGUUGUAGACACUUUAAAUAACUUACAAGUCAUUCCAGGAGAAGCUGCUAUCCUUAGUGGGUCACGUGAGGAGCAGCUGGAUUUGAUUAACCGCCUGGAUUAUGUUCUUAAUAGCAUUUCUGAGUUGCGUCAGGAAGUUGAAACUCUGAGGACCAGUCUCCAUGGGCUAGCUGAGGAUAUUGUUGGAGAAGUAAGAACACACUUGGAGGAAAACCAAAGGACCCUGCGCCGAAGGAGAUUCCUGCCUCACAGAGAGAGAACAGAUUCUACAGGGUCUAGCUCCAUUUACUUCACAGCUGCCUCUGGUGCAGCACACACAGAUGCAGAAAGUGAGGGAGGCUACAGUACUGCAAACGCUGAAUCCGAUUUUGACCGUGAAAGCAGUAGAGCGAGUGAGGAGGAGGAUGAAGUAAGCUGUGAGACUAUAAGGACCAUGCGCAGGGACUCAGUGGACCUGGUCACAGAUGAUGAAGCCACGACCAUUGCCAUUGACCCCGUAGAUGAGGAGCUGACACUACUGCUACAGAAAUCUGAUGAACUACAUUCUGGCAGCGCUGAGCAGCAAAGGGAAGGAUUCCAACUCUUGCUUAGUAAUAAAUUACUGUACAGAGACCAUGAAGAGUUCCUUUGGCGUUUGGCGCGGUCAUACAGCGAUAUGUGCACUACUGUAGAAGAUGCGCAAGAAAAGAAAUCUUAUGCCAGUGAUGGGAAAGAAGAAGCCGAGGCUGCGCUUCAGAAAGCAGACCAAAAUGCCGAAUGCCACAAAUGGUUUGCCAUCCUUUGUGGGCAGCUGUCAGAGCAUGAAGGUAUCCAGAAGCGCAUUCAGACAGGAUAUCUAUUUAAGGAACACAUUGAAAAGGCUAUUUCUCUAAAACCAGGUGAUGCAAGAUGUUACUACCUGCUGGGCCGCUGGUGUUAUGAGGUCUCUAACCUUGGUUGGCUGGAGAGGAAGACAGCCUCAGCCCUGUAUGAAAAUCCUCCUACAGCUACUGUACAUGAGGCGCUGCAGAACUUUCUGAAGGCUGAAGAUCUUACACCAGGGUUUUCCAAAGCAGCAAGAAUUCUCAUUGCGAAGUGUUACAAAGACCUGGGGAAUGAAGCCACUGCUGCCCAUUGGCUAAAACUUGCAGAAGAACUUCCUAAUGUCACCCAAGAAGACAGAGAAUGUGCCGCCACCAUUGAGGAGAUGCUGCCAGCAACUGCUGAAGAAGAGCCGCUCCCAUGAUUCCAUCGGAAUUCCAUGUGAAUUUUAGCUGACAUAAAAGCCUUAAGACAGUGGGGCUCAUUUAUCAGCACUGGGCAGUAACCCAUAGCAACCAAUAACUGAUUAAGCUUUUUUCAGCCAGCUACAAGUAGAACAGGGAAAGCAAAAAAAUCUGAUUGGUUGCCAUGGAAUACUGACCACCUGCAAAUUUGCCCAGUGUUGAUAAGUAAGCCCCAAUUACCUUGCUCACCACCCAACCUGCAGCCUUCCUGUAUAAACUGCCACAAUCGCCUGUAGGUAGAAUCCUGCAAGUGGUUCAGUAACAGCUGGAAGGCUGCAGAUUGGGCAGUUUUACUUUGGACAAUUCAGCGGACCCAGUGAAGAUGCUGCUUUUCUCCCUGUUCGCCAUUUCCAUUUCUCUGCCUUACACUGGGAGUUUUUAACAUAAUAAUGAACAAUAAUCCCCUGGAUUUAUUUGUCGUGCUUUCUCCUGAUCUGUGCAUCUUGAGGUUGAAUACAAGGGCAAAGGAUUGUGCGUGUCCAUGCCGGGCAUGGUUUGGGUAUUUUAAUGAACAAUAAUUCCAUAGGUUCGCUCUAUUUCCAGUUUUAACUUUCAAUUCUAUUUUUGUAUUUUACUUAUUAAUAUAAUAAUAGAGACUUCGGGAAAAGGACUUCAAGUACAAUUGUAUCCAUUCCAGAAAAGCAUUUUAGAGUUUUGGUUUAGGGACCUAUCUAAUACUGUGAGACGUAUUCCGGGGUUGCCAUACACGUAAAGUUAGACUCUUAUGCUUCAGUCCUUAACGUUGGGCCAGAGAACAAAAGGGCAUUAGUGUACAACUUACAGACAAGUCACUUCUAGGGUAGAACUAGUGAGUGAACUAAAACAUCUGGAAGCACAUGGGAGUAGGAGUACUUUAUCUUUGUCAGAACAAAAACUUAAAGGGGACGUAUACUUUUCCUAAAACUGACUCUCUUGCUACCCCUAGUUAUCUUUGGUAGACCUCCCAUGAUUCAAGUUGCUAUGGGCAACAUCAACCAUUAAGGUUUUCUCCUAUGUUAAUAAAUAUGGCCCUAAGAUAUGUGUUUGCUGGACUGCAGCUCCCAUAAUGAGUUGCUGACCGGUGCAGUCCAGCAACAUUUGGGCAGAAUAACACUUGCAAUGGAAGACUUGUCUUCCCCAGUGAAGUCAUACUGCAACCUUAAUCAAUAAGCUCCCUCCCAUUUAACCUAAGCGGAUUAUCACCUUAAGGGCAGUGUCACAUGGGAUGUUUUGUUCUCCGUGCUGAAUUGCCUCCUGAGCGACUGACAAAAUGCCCAAUAAUACCUUUGUGUUGCAGAGUAGAAAUAACAAAAUGAUGUGUAAAUGUCAAAGAAAGCAUUUUCACAUGAUUAUACGGUUGGCCUUGUUUGGACACCGUCAUUCCUAUGCUCUGCAGUACAAAGGUCCUUCCAGGCAUAUUGUCACAUUUCUCUAAGAAGGGCUUAGGGCAGUAAUGAGAAUGCUUGGGGCAAGAAAAAAAUGAACAAUGGAGUUCUUUCGCAAAUUAUAGUCAAAGAAAAUAAUGCAUGCCCUUUAUAUUUCCGUGAAUCAUUAGGGUUAAAAUAAUUGGUCUCGUCUCUGACCCUGCUAUAAAGCAAGACAGGAUGGUGUGAUCCUGUCUUGCUUUAUAGCAGGGUCAGAGACCGGACCAGUAAAGCCUUAUUUCCAUUUACUACACUAGUGCCUCAGGAGGUGUGUGGCAGCAAGGGGAAACUUAAGCUUUUGCCUCUCUGCCCAGCCUAGGCCCAACAUCAGGGAACAUUCAGGUUUAUUAUAUUCGCAGUGGAUGAAAUUGCAGAAAAGCACUGGGCAAUUUUACAUUGUUAUACCUAGGGUAUAUGUCCCCUUUAAAACACAAAUGCAAAGUGACUGGCCCUUAAAACAAGUGACGUGGCACCUAAAUAGCUGUGCCAGUAUGUAAGUAAGUUUACAGUUAAACAUAUAUGGGAGUUGCCAUUUUGAUUGUCUGCACUGAUGCAUUUUCUGUUGAGUGUUAAUAGAAGAUACCAAUGCAAUGAAUGUGGCAGCUCCUAUGUACAGAAAAAUCAUGAAAUGCUUCUCAUAGUGCUAUCAUUAUUCCCAAGUCACUGACACCACUGCAUAAGGGAAUGGCAGUGAGAGCAGUGCUAGGAGGAUUCUGUUCCUAAAUAGACAACUGACGUUUUUGUAAAUACCUUAACAAUAAUGUAUUUGCUGUGCUGAGAUAUUGAACAAAUGUUAGAGUGUGGUUGUGGGAUGUGCAUAUUACUUUACUGCCUUGCUGCAGGGCUUAUACCUGUAGCCUCUGCUACAUGUGAGCUUUUAUUAUAGUGUUAUUGGAACUCUGUCCUGCUGCUCCUUUACUUCUAAGGGAAAAGUGACCAUAUUGGUGCCCUUCCUGAACAGGUCGGCAUCUUUAUUGGCUUGAGUAUUAGGUACCACCCAAUCUAUAUUUGACUUAAAAACCAGCAAAAUAUAUAUUGGGUGGGUUAGAAUAUGGCGCAGAAGGGCCACAUUGUUGAACUAAUGCUGUCGUCUCCCAGUGUGUCUGCAUAGGUUCAUAUUAUAAUCCUGUUGUUGGGCUGGGGGCCAGAUGAUUAGAUCAGCCCACUUUGGCCUAGCAUUUGGGUGGUGACCAAACAAGCAGAUCUAUUAGUGCAUGGCAGAGAAAGGCUACCUACUGGUGAGAACAGUCUCAAGAGCUGGGGGAAAUCAGGCUGAUCUUCUAGUUCAUCCCUCAGGCCAAUGAAGGGGUUACAUAGGGGGCCAUGCUGAUUGCGUGCAUGAAUCAGUAAUCUGUGUCAGUCAGCAAGUACCAAGCACAUAUUUACUGUGGACAAGAGCAUUUUGGGAAAAAUUCACAGACCAGUUGGCUACUAAGUGGGUCAUACUUGACUGUGCUAGGAGCCAAUCCCUGCCCUUGUAUGCUCACUGUAAGCCCUGACUGCAUAUUGUCCCUAACUGUGGCCACUUCACUCAACAUGUUCUGCCAGGCUGGUUAGAUGGUCAAAAUCCCAUUGUUGGGUGCCCUCUACACAGAAUAAUGGUCCAUUCCACUAAACCAACUGAACAGUACAAGCACAUGUGCCAGGGUGGGAGCUGCCGGAUGGGAAGGAUAAGCACACUCUUCUACCCUGUAUAUUUUCCUCUUAUUUUAACUGGAAUCUCCUCUCAUUAUACAAAGUGCACUGACUUUCUGUAUUUAUUUGAGCCUAAUUAAAUUAAUUCAUUUAAGAUCA